UCUUGACAUUGUUGGAAUUUUUAGAUGCUGUUGUACCUUGAUACAUGUUGCGAAGGAAAACGUAACGGCAAAAGAUCAUCGACCAUGCUUAAUUCUCUCCGCUGAGUGUUUACGGCAUUUCAUCAUGGACGCCACAGACGAUACUCUCCGUCAGCAAUUCCAGGCUCUUCAGGAGCAGCAACAAAAGAAACUACUCCGACGAAAACAGCGACAAGAAGAGAAGAAUAAGAAGGAACUAGUAGCUAAGGAGAGGGAAGAGAAUGGGAAAAAGACCAAGGAUGGAUCUGAACCCGGUGGUCUUAGGUUAAAUGAUGACCUAGAGUUAAAGUUGAGUGAACCUGUUAUAAAUGACAUUAAGUUUGAUGAGGAACUUACAGCUCAUCUCAACGGUCAGAUUAGGGAGCUUAAAGAUGAAUCGGGACGGUUAUACAAGCUUCUGAGUGAGAGAGACUACGAGAUCAGGAAGCUGAAGAAACAGAGAGAUGAGGACAGGCUAGCUCUAGGAGGUGGAGGGUUUGCAAGUGACACCGCGGCAACCAAGAUAGUGGACCUCUCCAAGAAAAAUCGAGAGCUGACAGCGGAACUGGAGGGUGAGAAAACCAAAGUGAAGCAGCUUCUUCGUAAGGUCAGAGACAAAGAGAAAGAAGUUAGGGAGGCUCUUCAACAGUCACAGCCUGGAGAGAUUGGAGGCAAGAGCACCCAUCAGAAAACGCCACUGAGUGAGGAACAAUCCAUCGACCAGGCAGCGUCGAUGGCUGCAGAGUUGAAGACACUUCAAGACAGCCUAAACAAGAGCCAAGCCAAGCAGACCGACUUCAGGAAUCAAGUCAACUUACUUAAACAGGAACUCAAGGUGGCUCAUAAGGUUCUUUCUAAGGAGCUAGGUGAGAAUGUUAACAUUCAGAACCUCCUGAAUGAUAGCAGUAACUGGAGAGGUAGAGCUCAGCAGAUUAUUCUGCUGCAAAACAAGGUCUCUGAGCUGAAUCAACAAAUAGAUCAGUUUAAAAGUCGCCCAGGGACUGAGAUGAGCUUGGAGGAGCAGUUCAUGACGAUGGAGUUCUCUGAGGGGAGGUCGUCUAUCACGUCUGCCCUGCCGAGAAGCACCAAGGGUGUAGGGAAGAUGGACGAACGUCAGAGACAAAGACUCAGACAACAGGAGAAGGAUAAACGAGAAGAGAAAGAGAAAGCAACUAUAGAAUUGAAGACUUUGGAAGAGGAUUACCGUAAGCAAAAGGAGAAACUUGAUGCGUCCAAAGCGCGUAAUAAAGUGUUGUCCAAUGAGGUGAAGGCAUUGAAGCAGCAGAAUUCCACGUUGCUAGACAAGGGAAAACACGACAAUGAGCUGAUUGAAGCGCUACUGGGCCAGCAGGACCAGCUUAAGAAGCAUCUAGACCUAAGCACCAAGCAACACCAAGAUGCUAAGAAGCUCCAGGAGCAUGCUGGUAAGCAGCUACAACUACGCAGCCAACAGGAAGCCAACACGGUAGACCAACUUAGACUCAUCGUCAAGGAGAAAGAGGCUAAGGUUCAAAGGCUGGAGGAUGAAGUACUGGAAAUGAGAAGAAUGCAAGAACAGCAGCUUCAGAGGUUGCAGCAUAACGGCUUUACCGACACACCCCUUGACAGACCCCAGAGCAGAACCCCAAGCAGAUCCCUCACAAUCACAUCAAUGGAUAGACCACUUAGUGCAGAGAGACACAGUGGGUUGUCUCAUGGGUCACCAACACCUCCGCAGUCAAGGCAAGGGAUACGACCUCCAACCGGCCAGCGGGGAUCAUCUAGACUGAGUAAUGGAGAUACACCAAGUAGAGGAUCCUCAAGGGGUACACGGCCCACCAGUGCUGGGAGCGUAACAUCAGCAUCAGGUGAGGGGUCCGAAGACUGGAGGAGACAGUUACAACAAUACAGGUCACUGUGUCAGGUUGCUGAGGUAGAGCGAGAUAAGCUUAUGGAGCUUGUUCAGAUCCUUCAGAACAGGGCUGAUGAUGCCAACAUCAAAACCACCGAAGCACAAAGCAACCUUCAAGAAGUCAAACAGAGGAACGUGUGGCUUGAGAAACAACUAGGCAAGGUCAAAGUUGAGAGUAGCAGCGGUAAAGGGGUGAAGAAGUCAUUGACGGUGAAGUCAACAACGACGAUGAUGUCAGGAGGAUACGUAACAGAUGAGGAGUUGGUGAAUAAGGAGCUGUCACUCAACCACCAGACUCUAGAUGAGCUACAGACAAGAUUAGGGAUUCAGAUGGAUGAAAACAACGCCUUGAAGUCAGCCGUUAAGAGCACCUUGAAAGCCAAAGAGGAAGAUCUUAAACUUUAUCAUGAGAUGAUGAGACAAACCAAGGAGGUUUUCCUCCAAGGAUUACGUCAGUUCAAACAAGCCAACGCAAUAAGCAGCUAACAAGAAUAACUAAAGCCGGGUUCCCAUUGGAUUUUUCUUCUGCGACACACAGAAAGUUACUGUGCCUGGCUUUGGUGUAAUUCUACCGUUCGUUCCCAUCUGGGCUUGAUUUCACAAAGCACUAAGAUUCAUCAGAAGUUGAGUUGUCAGUAUCGCCAAAGUGAUUUGUAUUGUGUCAUCACACCAACAGUUAUGAUUGAUUAGCAGUAAAGAUCAAUCCUAACUCUUUGUGAAACCGACCCUAAGGACUUAUAUCCUGCGGAGUUUGCAUAUAGCGUUUUACAGCGUGGUUGCGGUAGGUUUACAGCGCAGAGCUGAGCUGUUCACAUUGGACUUUGUAGCGGGCCUAUUAAGUUACCGUAGCUGCGCAGAAGUCUUCUGCGAUCUCUUUCGCAUGUUAAUUUUACAUCACAGUCGUGGUAAGUUGACAGGGAGAUCAAUUUACCAUGCGUCCCCAUUGGAUUUUAUUGUUUCAUUCUACAGAAAAGUCACGGUACUUUAACAACAACAAAAGUUUCAAUUGGAACUCGGCU